CAAUACUUGAGCAAUACAGCAUUCCUCUCGCUCCGGGUCUCCUUUCGACUUUGCGACACUCCAAGAGAAGGAACGCCCAAAACGUAUAAAUUUUCUUCUUUUCUUCCGCAAGGCCUCAACUGCUCGUUUGAAUUUCUCUUGCUUCCUGGCUCUCUCUCGCCAAUCGCAAUGCCAUAGUUUCUUGUUUUCGAUUCUUGAAUGCAGAAUUUGUCAGAGAGAAUGGCAGAAAAUCCGUCGUCUUCCCCAAUGCCUGUUCAAUCGGCGAAUGUGAUUGAUUCGAUUCCUCAGAACCCGUCAAACCCAACUCUCCCUUCACCGUCGUACUUCUCUCCUUCUCCUUCGAUGGAAAUCUCACAAAUUUCAUCACCUCAACUUCCGCUAACCCAAACUGCUUCUGCUGCUGCAGCCGGUGUUGGUCAAUCUACAUUAACCCCUUCACAACAGCAGAUUAUGAACCCCGGAGUUGGAUUAGAUUACCAGAAGAAACAACAACAGCAACCACAACAGCAAUUGCAGCAGCAGAAUUUGGUUUCCCCUUCGAAUUUUCAAAUCCAGCAGAGUCUGCAGAGAUCAGCGUCGAUGUCACGGAUGAAUCAGAUCCAGCAGCAGCAGCAGCAACAACUUGGUGCAGCUGCUAGUGGGAUGCGACCACAAGGGGGAAUUUAUGGGCAGCUGAAUUUUGGUGGUUCACACCUUCAACAGCAGCAGCAGCAGCAAAUGGGUAGUGGCGGUUUGACGCGGUCGGCGUUGAUUGGGCAGGGCUCUCAGGUUGGUGGUCAGCUGCCCAUGCUGUCAGGACAAGCUGAUCAGUUCAAUUUGCAGCCGCAGUUGCUCGCUCAGACGAGGAAGAAGACAGGUUUAGUCCAAGGAUCCCAAUUUCAUCCAGGUAUUAAUCCUGGUCAGCCAUUGCAAGGAAUGCAGGCAGUGGGAAUGAUGGGGUCACUUGGUCUGAGUGCACAGCUAAGAGCGAAUGGGUCUCUUUCCUAUGCUCAACAGCGGAUGAACCAAGGGCAAAUGAGACUUCAACAAUUGUCGCAACAAACUUUGCUUACCUCUGCUCAGAAGCUACAGGCUCAAAGCCUUCCAAGGACAUCCUCACUUGCUUCCAUGAACCCACAAUUAUCUGGAUUGGGUCAAAAUGGGCAAUCGGCUUUGAUGCAAAAUACCUUAUUGCAGCAGCCGUGGUUGAAGCAAAUGCAACCAUCAGUUUCUGCUCCAGGCUCUCCUUCGUACCAUCUACAGCAACAGCAGAGACAGGCUUUCCUGCAACAACAACUUGCUUCAUCGCCUCAAAUGAUUCAAAAAUCCAUGGCUUUGAACCCGCAACAAAUAUCACCACUAAUUCAGCAGCCGCCACAGCUGGGCACACAGCAACUGCAGCAGCAAGAACAACAACCACAGCCACAGCCACAAUCACAGUCACAGCCACAGCCACAACCACCGCCACAACCACAACAACACCAACACCUACAUCUACAACAACCUUUGCAACAGCAGCAACACUCUCCAAGGAUGUCAGGACCCACUGUCCAGAAAUCGUUUAGUUUGACUGGAUUACAGCCUGAUACUCCUGCAUCUGACGCAACAACACCAAGAGGGACUUCAAGCCAUGGAAUAGAAGCAAGCAAUCAACUUCUUGGAAAGAGAAAAAUACAGGAUCUGGUUUCACAGGUCUUUCCUGCAUUCUUAGUGUAUUGUAUUCAACUCAUAAUUGUAGAUUCUGCAUUCCGAGUCCCUCGUUUGUGAUUUUAUUUGGAAGAUUAAAAUUAUGUCAAACUCACUAUAACUAGAAUCGUAAUUGUGAAUGAAAGUUAAUCCACCAAUAGCAUAGAGGCGCAUGUUUGUUACCUAUCACAUCAUGGGUUUUCACGAUGAGAUCACAAAAUCUUAG